AUGGCGGCCGCCAGUGUCAAAUGCUACUUUGAUAUUGUCUGUCCAAAUUCUUGGAUGGCCAUACAGGCACUAACGGCCCGAUCCCAUUUAUUUGGUGAGCUUCAUUUCGAGCCGGUUUGUGAUUUUAAAAUAGGAAUUUUGCACAAUUCAAACAUAUGGAAUCAGCGGAGGAAAGUGCAUAAUUCGAGGAUUUGGAAAAAGAAAAAUGAAGUUGAUGAACCGCUACAACAGUCUGAGGGUUUCCUUCGUCGUAUCGAUGAGCGCGGCAAAAAUGUUCUCAUACUCGAGAACUUCCCUCAACCACCGGAGGAUUGGAAGCAGAUUUACCGAACUGCCGUUUCCCGCGGUUCUAUUAUUCCCCAACUUUAUCUAAUAUCGAUAAAGCAAAAGUUUCCUGAUUUAUAUCUGAAAGCUAUAAAUCAUAUAGGGAAUCGUUUGUGGGUUUCGAAACUUCCUGUACACUAUGGCUGUCAUAUGUCAACGGUAUCCCGCGAGCUGGGGAUCUCAUUUAAGAACUCGGAGGAUAUUGUUGCGAGGCUUUCAACUCCCGAAAAUCGCCACAUUCUGCACAACAAUUGCCGGGAAGCUGUUGAAUUGAAGCUGACAGAGGCCCCGGGUAUUAUUGCAACUUUAGAUGGUGGUGAAGUUGUGAAAUACGAUCAUAUUGGACAUUUGCUUAGCAUUUACAAUAAUUUUCCUAAUCAUCACAUUAAUGAGCAAGAUAGGCUAAGAAACUAA